UAAAUCUCGACUCGAUUCACCCCUCUGGCUGAAACCCAGUGUCGUCCAAGUCACGGCGGGCGCCGCCGAAAAAAAACAAACCGCGCUACGCGGGAAAAUAACUGUCAAAAAACUUUUUCAUAAAAUUUUAGGUUAAAUUAAUUUAUAUUUUCAAGUAAAAAUGAGUUACAGUGGCAAUUACUACGACACAAACUUGAACUACAAUAACAACAACUACAAGUUAGAAGUGAACUUCGAUUUUGGCCGCAAAAAGGACAGUGUGAUUAAAAAGGCGGAUUGUUGCGAAGUGAAAGACGAAACAAAGAGUCGUUUUGACGUUUUGCCGGAAACGGACGAAGAUGGCGACAGGGAACCGGAAGACAGUCAUGUGCAGCACGUUUUAGGGCCAAGUAAAAGGUGCCUGGCGUGGGCGUGUAAAGCCUGCAAGAGGAAAACCGCGGCUGUGGACCGACGGAAAGCAGCCACGCUCAGAGAAAGACGGAGGUUAAGAAAAGUGAACGCAGCAUUCGACGAACUUCGUGUCCGAGCUCGCGCCGGCAGCGGCCGCCUGCCCAAGCUGGAGAUCCUGCGAGCCGCUAUACAGCACAUCGAGCGAUUGCAGGCGGCGCUGCGGACCGCUAUGGACACAGAGUCGUGCAAGAGCUAUGUGGAGCCGGUGCCGGAGAGCCGCCCGCGCCGCGAACACCUUGGCAGCGAGCGAGAGAAGCCUUUUAUACAUAAUGAAUCAACGGGUUGUGGAGUGAACAGCCUGGCGCGGCUACGUCGUAUUGUCCAGGCUCUGUCUACGAAAGACACGCAUUGACGUGGACAGUUAGAUAUUUUAUAAUAACGUUAGGCAGGACCACCAAAAGUUUUACUGAAAUAAAGAUAAGCGCCAUCCUAUCGGCAUCAUAAGUAUGGGGCUAAACGGAUUGUCAUAAAUGUAUGGAAAAACGGCGUCGGCUAUGCCGAUGAAGUUGUGUGAAUUUCUAUACACAGAAUGCUGAUUACGUUGCUGAAAGGUGGACGCUUACUUUUGGGGGUAAUUAUAUAUCUGAACUUUCCUAAGGGAAUUCAGCACGUAGGUAUGACGAAGGGCU